CACUGCCCUCCGAGGGGAGACCGAGCUGGGGGGCGGGGGAGCUGACUUCCACGACCUCUGAGGCUUUGUGCCCCCAGUGUCCUGGGCCCUCUCUGAAACUCGUUUUCCUUCAGUUCCUGGAAACCUGGGUCCCAGCUCACCGGCCCUGCCAGAUCUGCAUGUGCCUCAGUGGGCAGAAGGUCAAUUGCACGUCACAGCCCUGCCCCACGGCCAGAGCUCCCAUGUGCGGCCCGUGUGAAGUGGCCCGUCUCCACCAGAACGCAGAGCAGUGCUGCCCGGAGUAUGAGUGUGUGUGUGACCUGCUGAGCUGUAACCUGCCCCCGGCUCCUCCCUGUGAAGAUGGCCUCCAGAUGACCCUGACCAAUCCCGGCGAGUGCAGACCCAACUUCACCUGUGCCUGCAGGAAGGACGAGUGCAGAAGGGAGUCCCCGCCCUCUUGCCCCCCGCACCGGACACCAACCCUUCGGAAGACCCAGUGCUGUGAUGAGUACGAGUGUGCCUGCAACUGUGUGAACUCCACGGUGAGCUGCCCUCUGGGGUACCUGACCUCGGCCAUCACCAACGACUGUGGCUGCACCACGACAACCUGCUUCCCUGACAAGGUGUGUGUCCACCGAGGCACCAUCUACCCUGUGGGCCAGUUCUGGGAGGAGGGCUGUGACGUGUGCACCUGCACUGACUUGGAGGACUCUGUGAUGGGCCUGCGUGUGGCCCAGUGCUCCCAGAAGCCCUGUGAGGACAACUGCCGGUCGGGCUUCACUUACGUCAUCCACGAAGGCGAGUGCUGUGGAAGGUGUCUGCCAUCUGCCUGUGAGGUGGUCAUUGGUUCACCACGGGGGGACUCCCAGUCUCACUGGAAGAAUGUUGGCUCUCACUGGGCCUCCCCUGACAACCCCUGCCUCAUCAAUGAGUGUGUCCGCGUGAAGGAAGAGGUCUUUGUGCAACAGAGGAAUGUCUCCUGCCCUCAGCUGGAUGUCCCCAACUGCCCCAUGGGUUUCCAGCUGAGUUGUAAGACCUCAGAGUGUUGUCCCACCUGUCGCUGCGAGCCCCUGGAGGCCUGCAUGCUCAAUGGCACCAUCAUUGGGCCCGGAAAAAGUCUGAUGAUUGAUGUGUGCACGACUUGCCGCUGCACCAUCCAGGUGGGAGUCAUCUCUGGAUUCAAGCUGGAGUGCAGGAAGACCACCUGCGAGGCCUGCCCCCUGGGUUACAAGGAAGAGAAGAACCAAGGUGAAUGCUGUGGGAAAUGUCUGCCUACGGCUUGCACCAUUCAGCUAAGAGGAGGACAGAUCAUGACGCUGAAGCGUGAUGAGAUGCUCCAGGAUGGCUGUGAUAGCCACGUCUGCAAGGUCAAUGAGAGAGGAGAGUACAUCUGGGAGAAGAGGGUCACAGGCUGCCCACCCUUUGAUGAACACAAGUGUCUGGCUGAGGGAGGGAAAAUCAUGAAAAUUCCAGGCACCUGCUGUGACACAUGUGAGGAGCUGGAAUGCAAGGAUAUCACGGCCAGGCUGCGGUAUGUCAAGGUGGGAGACUGUAAGUCGGAAGAGGAAGUGGACAUUCAUUACUGUGAGGGUAAAUGUGCCAGCAAAGCCUUGUACUCCAUCGACACGGAGGAUGUGCAGGACCAGUGCUUCUGCUGCUCGCCCACUCGCACGGAGCCCAUGCAGGUGCCCCUGCGCUGCACCAACGGCUCCCUGGUCUACCACGAGAUCCUCAACGCCAUGCAGUGCAAAUGCUCCCCCAGGAAGUGCAGCAAGUGAGGCCGCUGCCCUGGACGCCUGCUGUCACCUGCCUCACCCGAGACCGGGCCUGCCAGAGCACGGCUGCUCGCUCCUCGUGCUCCGCUCUUGGGCGCUCCUGAGCCCACAAUAAAGGCCAAUCUCUCCCCCUGCAAAA